UUCUUUUUGCUCGUUAUUGACUUUUCCAACACUGGUGUGCCGGGUGGCCAGCGUGUUGGGUGUGAGGUUGAUAACAAAAGAGUUCUGCUAUUCAAUUUAGAAAUAUUAUCACAGUGGUGUGCUCGUGAAUGCUGGUUUAACUUGAUGAUGGGUCGAACAAUACUGGUAUUCCUCCUACUUGUCUGCAAUUACUCGCUGGUUGCAGUAGCAGAAACUGCUACAGAGGAUUUGACCGCUCUGAAGUCUCUUAUGGAUACAUGGCAGAACACACCUCCCACCUGGGUGGGAUCUGAUCCUUGUAAUGAUUGGGAUGAAAUUAAGUGCAACGGUUCUCAUGUUAUUUCCAUAUCGCUAUCCAGCACAGGUUUGGCAGGCCAGCUUUCUGGAGAUAUUGGAUCACUAUCUGAAUUACAGACCUUGGAUUUGUCGUACAACAAGGACUUGACAGGACCACUUCCUCAAGCCAUUGGAAAUUUGAAGAAGCUGUCAACACUAAUUGUUGUUGGUUGUGGUUUCAAUGGUCCUAUCCCAGAAGAAAUAGGAAAUCUGCAGGAGCUCGUCUACCUAUCUUUAAAUUCCAAUAAGUUUGUUGGACAAAUUCCAGCUUCUAUUGGUAAUCUGUCUAAACUAUAUUGGUUAGAUUUAGCUGAUAAUCAGUUUGAAGGGCCCAUCCCAGUAUCUAGUGGCAGUAAGCCUGGUCUUGAUCUGCUCCAUCAUGCAAAGCAUUUUCAUUGUGGCAACAAUAAGCUCUCUGGCCCCAUUCCUCCUAAACUUUUUAGCUCGGAAAUGACUUUGAUUCACGUGCUUUUUGAAAGCAAUCAACUCACUGGAAGCAUCCCAUCUACACUUGGACUUGUUCAGAGUCUGGAGGUGGUGCGUCUUGACAGUAAUUUUCUAAGUGGACCCGUGCCUCCGAAGAUCAGCAGCCUAGAAAAAGUUCAAGAGAUGUACUUGUCCAACAAUAAGCUUUCAGGAUCCCUGCCGAACCUUGCUGGAAUGAGCGUUCUCAGCACCAUGGAUAUCAGCAAUAAUAGCUUUGAUGCAUGGGAUUUUCCACCAUGGCUUUCAACUAUGAAGUCCCUAACGACGUUAAAGAUGGAGAGCACACAACUUCAAGGACAGAUCUCUCCUUCUUUCUUUAGCCUUCCCAAUUUACAGACUGUGUCUCUAAAACAUAAUGAACUAAAUGGAACCUUGGACAUAGGCACCACCGAUGGCAGCCAGCUGCGGCUCAUUGACUUGCAGGAUAAUAAAAUUAACAAGCUUGACCAAAGUGGCAGAGUCUCCCAAGUCAAGAUAAUGCUCAAAGGUAACCUGGUUUGCGAAGAAACUGGAAUGGCGUCAGAGAAUUACUGUUCGGAUUCCCAACCCAGUGAUAACCAGUAUAGAACACCCUUUAAUAACUGUGAGCCUGGUGCCUGUAGUGCAGAACAGCUUCCCAGCCCCAACUGCCAAUGCUCUUAUCCAUAUACGGGAACUUUAAAUUUCAGAGCACCUUCCUUCUCAGACUUGGAAAACAGCACUCACUAUGCAACCCUUCACGAUUCUCUUAUGCAGUCUUUUGAAUUUCAUGAUCUUCCCGUGGAUUCAGUUUCUCUGAGCCAUCCAGUCAAGGAUUCAAAUCAGUAUCUUGUAUUGAGCUUACAAGUCUUCCCGUCAAAUCAAGAUCGUUUCAAUCGGACUGGGACUUCUGGCAUUGGCUUUCUGCUCAGUAAUCAGACAUUUAAGCCCCCCAAAGAGUUUGGACCAUUUUACUUUAACGCAGACAGAUAUGGGCACUUUGGAUCUGCGAAGCAUAGUAAAUCAGCAAACAUUGGCAUCAUAAUAGGUGCAACAGUGGGUGGUUCAAUCCUUCUGGUGUUAUUAAUCCUCGCUGGUGUUUAUGCCUGCUUCCAGAAGAAGAGAGCAGAAAGAGCAAUUGAACACAACAAUCCUUUCAGGCGCUGGGAUAGUGAGACUAGUAGUGGUGUCCCUCAGUUGAAAGGCGCAAGGCAGUUCUCAUUCGUAGAGAUUAAAAAGUGCACUACAAAUUUUUCUCAAGCUAACGAGAUUGGAACUGGUGGCUAUGGGAAGGUUUACAAGGGAACUCUUCCAAAUGGACAAAUAAUAGCCAUAAAACGAGCCUUAAAAGAAUCUAUGCAAGGAGCAUUUGAAUUUAAAGCAGAAAUUGAACUUCUAUCAAGAGUCCACCAUAAAAAUCUUGUUAGUCUUUUAGGAUUCUGCUUUGAGAAAGGAGAGCAAAUGCUUGUCUAUGAGUAUGUCCCUCGUGGGAGUCUGAAGGAUACUCUCUCAGGGAAAUCAGGAUUUAAAUUGGAUUGGAUCAGAAGGCUAAAAAUUGCCCUUGGUGCUGCCAGGGGUUUGGCUUAUCUUCAUGAACAUGCCAACCCUCCUAUCAUACACAGGGACAUCAAAUCAAACAAUAUUUUACUGGAUGAGCGCUUGAAUGCUAAGGUUGCUGAUUUUGGUCUCUCCAAGUCUAUGGUUGAUACUGAAAAAGAUCAUAUUACCACUCAAGUUAAAGGAACAAUGGGCUAUUUGGAUCCAGAGUAUUAUAUGUCUCAGCAAUUAACUGAGAAGAGUGAUGUUUACGGUUUCGGAGUGCUAUUGCUAGAGCUGAUAACGGCGAGAAAACCUAUAGAAAGAGGGAAAUAUAUAGUAAAAGAGAUCAAGAAUGCGCUUGAUAAGAAGAGAGAUUUAUGUGGUCUUUAUGAACUCCUUGACCCCACCAUGGAUUUAGGGUCAACACUGAUUGGUUUUGAGAAGUAUGUAAAUCUUGCAAUGAUGUGUGUGGAGGAAUCAGGUGCUGACAGGCCUGCAAUGAGUAAUGUGGUGAAAGAGAUUGAAAACUUGUUGCUGUUGGCUGGUGCAAACCCCAAUGCUGAAUCAGCAUCCACGUCAGCUAGUUAUGAGGAUUUUAGCAAAGGAUCUGGCCAUCCUUACAGCAAUGAGUCCCUUGAUGCAGGGGCAGUGCCUCCAAAUCCAAAGAUUGAGUCUAUGUGAGUCUUAUUUUCAUGUUUGAGGACUGCUUUGUUUGUGGCCAAAGAAGAAGAAAAGGAACAAUAGAAAAGGGAAAGAUUGAUUGUGCGUAUAUAAGUUCUAGUUUGAGAUUGAGUUUGGUUUGAACUUAGCUUGACAGAUUGAAGAUGGAACUCCAAUUGAAAGGGAAAGCUUUCGCUGUAUUUUUUUCCUUUUAAAAGCUGUGUUUUUAUGAAGAUGGUUUUAAUGCUUGAAUAUGGUUUGUUGGAUGAACACUUGAAAGUUAAUGGAACGACAAUGGUUGAUAUAUAACACAGGUUUUGGCCUUAGGCUUAAA